AUGAUGCCACAAAACAAUAUCACAAAUGCAAAUCGCCUCUUCUUAUCAGCAAUCGCUACAAAAUAUAAUUUACGAAUAAAUUACUUAGAGCAUCAGUUAAAAGAAGCCAUUUCUAAGUUAAAGGAAUUUCAUGAACAAAUUAUUAAGCUGAAAGCAGAAAUGAAUGAACAAAAAUGGCAAAGUUUUACAACUGAAUUAGCUAUGCAGAAUCAAAUCUACGAAUUAACGAAUGAACUUAAAGCAUUAGAAGAGAAAGCUGGCAGAGAAAAAAUGAAUAGAUGUGAACGGUGCUUACCAAAUUACAUAAGUGAGAAUUUAUUAUGCCGAAACAAAAUUCAACAAUCAAAUGGUACUGGUGUAGAAAAAUUAUCUAGUGAAUCCUGUCCGUCAGAACCACUUCAAGAAGAAACAUAUGAACUACCUUCUCAGCCUGAUAUACCUCUUUGGACAAACGUGGUUCAUCCUCUUUCUUCAUUAUGUCCGAAUAUGAGCUAUUCCGGCGAUGAAAACACCUGCAUCACUGAACAAAAUUCUCACUACUCAAAUUCUAAUGCAGAAGAUUCAACUAUAAAUUUUUAA